AUGAUGGUAAAUACAGCAAUCGUUAAAGCUGCAGUCAUCUUUGCAGCGACACUCCGUUCUGAUGGCGAUCAAUCGCCUCCCGGGAAGAGAAGCUUUCGCCUGCCCUUUCUCCAACGAAAAGUGACUUCGGAAGUCGCAGGAUUGCCAGCCUUGGACAUUACCACCGCAAGCAAGGAUGGACUCUGCGUCGCACCUGAAGCAGCUGCUGCUAUCGCUAUUCGGGGUGGAGAACAAACUGAGAAACAAUCCUUCUUGCAAAGGCAUCCAUUUAUGUCGGCAUGUGGAAUUACCACCCUCAACGCUUUCAGUGCUGAUUUGUUGACCCAAUGCGUAUUCGAAGCAAAUCCUUGGAAUCCAAAACGAUCUGCUGUUUUUGCUGCCUUUGGAUUCUUAUACCAAGGUAUGGCCCAAUAUGCAAUUGUCAACUUGGGCUGGGAAAAGCUCUUUCCAGGAAACAAGCCCAAGGCAGUGAUCUCAAAGAUUUGUGGAAUGAACUUGCUGAGUGAUCCUAUUCUCUUUAUGCCUACAUUUUACAUUUUCAAGGAGGUCAUGGCACAAGGGGGAUUUGGAUUGGCAACGGUCAAGGCUGCACUUCUGGGAUACAAGGCCAAUUGCUUGUUGGACUGGCGAAAUAGUUGGUUAAUUUGGUUCCCUGGGCAUUGUGUAACCUAUGGUGUCAUGAAGCCGCACCAACGGAUACCAUGGAUCGCAUUUUUGUCCUUUUUUUACAUGUGUAUUCUUUCCAUCACAAGAGGUGGUGUCUAA